AUGGUCCUUUCCAGUCGCUCAAGGCCCCCGCUGCCCCGCGCUCAGCGCUCUGCCCGCGCUCCCUGCGCUGCUGCGGCUCAGGGCAGCCUGGGCCGGGCUGGGCUGGCUGCUCCCCGCGGAGGGCGCGGGGAAAUGCAGCCUGGGCAAGGCGGUGGCGAGCCAGGUCCUGGUGAGCGCUGUCAGCUGGCCCAGAGUGUCGUGGAGACGGGGAGAUGGUCUUUCAGGGCAGCAGUCGGCUCUGAAAGCACCGUGUGUCCUCCACGGGACAGCCCCAACACACUUGCUGCCCCACUUCAAGCCUUUUCUUCUGGUUUCAAUGAAUGGGGCAUCUCCCCAAAUGACCACCAGGGACCACUAGAGACCCCCGAAGAGGCCUAUGAAGGUGCAGUGACACGUGCUGCCCAAGCACUCAAAGAGGAGAAGAAAUUAAGCGGAUCCCAGCAGGAAGGAGCCGAUGGAGCCAAGGUUAAGACAGAAUCUGCUGCAGCCGAACCAUCGGGUCCUGUUGCAGAGACAUUCCGAGUUAUUCAAGGGGCAAUGACUGAAGAGUAUGUGAGAAGUACCCAGGGUGUCUUCCAGUUUGAGCUGUCUGGUGACGGCGGAGGCACUUGGUACAUCGACCUGAAGAGCAAGGGUGGGAGCGCUGGCUUCGGAAAGCCUCCAGUGACAGCUGACGUGGUUAUGAGCAUGUCGAGUGCCGACUUUGUGAAAAUGUUCACAGGUGAGGGACAAAGGCCUUUGCCAAGGGACGCAGGUACCGGGCCCGGAAAAGCCUCUGCUGCCGGGGCAGUAGAGCGGCUGCUCGCUUUGUGAUCUGGGAUUGGAGGA